AUGACGACUGAUUCUAUUGAAAAUUCAUUCAUAUCCAUCAAUCCUCCCGAGCUACGUUUCCAAUUUGAGCUGGAGAAGCAAACAUUUUGCGAUCUUAAAGUUUUGAAUAAGACAGAGAACUUCGUUGCUUUUAAGGUGAAGACUACUUCACCGAAGAAGUACUUUGUUCGGCCUAACACUGGUGUUAUACACUCAUGGGACUCUUGCAUCAUCAGAGUGACCCUCCAAGCCCAACAAGAAUAUCCUCCUGACAUGCAAAGCAAAGAUAAGUUUCUUAUACAAACUACAGCACUGGAUCCAAACUCUGAUGUUGAUGAUCUUCCACCAGAUACCUUUAAUAAGAAUAGUGGAAAGUUAACAGAAGAAUUGAAACUUAAAGUUGUAUAUGUCUCUCCUACCUCACCUGGAGGAAGCACUAGAUAUGAUACAACAAAGAAAUCCGCACAAAAACUUGAUGCUUACUCGAAUCAACCCUUGCAACACCUGAAGGAGGAAAGAGAUGUCGCUGUCAGACAAACACGGCAACUGCAACAGGAACUGGACAUGCUGAAAAGGAGAAGAAGUAGAAGUGAUCCGGGUUUCUCCUUCACUUUUGCUAUGUUUGUGGGCUUUAUUGGAGUCUUGUUUGGGUUGCUUUUGAAUCUUUCAUUGUCUUCACCACCUACACAAUGA